AGCACUGCACGUCGUGGAGCGAUGGUGCUCGGAGAAUCGAGACGUUAGUUUAUGAAACGGCAAAAAGGAGACACGGACGACAAAGACCCCGCAUCUAACGGAGAAUAUGAGCAAGGAGGACGCGUCAUGUCGACCGGCUUCUUUGAAGUUCACCAUUGACAAUAUCCUCAACUCCAAGUCGAGCAGCAGAAACUUUGACAGCUGUCAUUCAAAGACCUCGCUUGUAGUGUGUCGGGAUGGCUGCCUGCAUCACCCAGGAGAGAGCGAGGCUCCGUGCAAAGACGGGUCAGACGCGCGAUUGCGCACCAUUGAUAAAGUCAACAGAGAGGGAGACGGGACCGUGGCGGACGCGCUCAAAAGCGUCGACGCGCGCAGCGAGAGCGCGGACAGCUGCGACGACGGCCAGCAAAAGAACAGCGGCAAGAAGAGCAAACUAAUGACGAAAAAGAAAACGCGCACUAUAUUUUCAAAGAGACAGAUAUUCCAACUGGAGUCUACGUUUGACAUGAAGCGGUAUCUGAGCAGCGCGGAGCGCGCGUGCCUGGCGAACUCUUUGCAGCUCACCGAGACUCAAGUCAAAAUCUGGUUUCAGAAUCGACGGAAUAAAUUAAAAAGGCAACUGUCUACUGAACUGGAGGGACCGACUAGCGAUUUCAGUGAUGUUGGAAAGACGGUACCGCUGCCAGCUUUAUACGCUAAAGAGAAUAAUCUGCUCGGAAGGUGCAUGCUUCCGAUGCCUCUGCCAGUCGUGUAUCCUGGAGGUAGCGCGCCUUACUUUUAUUUCUCAAACGCCAGCAAGUAUUUCAGCCUGUUUGAUGGAGAUAUAUGACCCUCGUAGCUCUUCUGACGAAAACCGACCACGCGGCCCAACUCCGUACAAGCAUUUUCGGCCUUUCUGUGUGUUUUGCUGAGAACACUGUUCAGCUGUUGGUCAGUAAAGAAGCUGGCUUGUAUUUCUAUGCAAAAGCCUAUUUUAUUUAUUGUAUGCUGUACAAAUUUUAUAUUGGCCUAAAUAACAACACCUAGCAUAUUAUACCCUUAUUAUAGUGCAUCAGAGUCAGCAGCCAUAGCAUACUGGCAAGAAGUGCCAGCGCCAAUCACACUGUCAUCACAUGGCAGGACAUUAUAACACCAAUCUUUUACUGUUUACAUUAUUAUUAUUAUUAUUAUUAUUAUUAUUAUUAUUAUUAUUAUUACAUCUCCGCCAAAGAUCGAUUAUUGAUGCAUGCAUUUGUAUUUUAAAUGGCCCUCUAAUUUCAAAACGAGCAAUUAAAACGUAUUUAAGUGAAUGUAUUGGUUAUUUUACAUUUAACGCAUGUUUGUAUGUUUAUUCCUUUUUAUCGUUUUCAGCAUAACCUGG